CUUGCAGUACUGCGGCGUCGGCACAGUCCAAUCGUUGUCAUGUUGGACUUUGGGAGGUCCGAGGUCGAUAUAGAGCUAAGAGCGCUCUGUUAGUGUCGUCGCGCCUGUCUUGGUGCGCGGUUGUGUUAUGUUGUUCGCGAAUCGGUAUUUAUAAACAAACGUAGUGCUAAUUAUUUAUAUCCGUGUGUUUAGGAUAUUAUAUGUGCAGAAAUUAAGUUGUGUCACAGUCCUUGUUGUUAAACGCUGGUUGCAAGCGCUUACCAGAUCCUUGAAACUUCAUUACAAUCGAGUAGCCGCAAUAUCGCAUACGAUUCCCGAGGGGACUCUUUGUAUUGAAGAUGAAGAUAUCGCAUAGGUCGCCAAAUCCGCCAGACAUCGGAGCAUGUGAACAAAAAGUGUUAAAAUGUGAUAUUAAUUAAAGUGCGGACGUAAUAAACAGUGAUGAAUAAGCGUAGCAAGAGAAACGUUGGCAUGAUAAGGCUGGGCAGGUGCGUAGCGUUUUUGGCCGCCGCUGCGUUUUUGCUGCCGUUUACAAUUCUUCUUAUGGUAGCAGACCAGCAGUAUAACUUCACGUAUAACUCCAAACGUAUCUUCUAUCAGGAGAGUGACUUCUAUAAAAUAAAUGGGACGUAUUACGCUCCCAUAACAACACCAUUUUAUCGGACACAGUUCGUGUUUGAAAAUGGCACACGCGAUGACGGUCUUCUCUCGCGUGAGAAGUUUCUGGAAGUCGGCGCGCGGAUGGAUUCCAGGCGAGAGUUUCUUAGGAGCGAAUGUUCUAGACUUGGUCUAGACGGCUCCGGCCAGAAGGCUUAUGCGUGGGAAUACCUCAUCAACCGCCAGUAUCAUGUCAUAUGGUGCAACAUAUUCAAAGCGGCAUCAACAUCGUGGAUGUACAACUUUAAUUUAAUGGCGAAUUACACGGCGGCAUUUCUCAAUAGGACGAAAGAAGUUCCCUUGGAACUGGCCAGGAAACGGUACGCGAGGCCGACCGUCGAGAUGAUUAGAAAAGCCCAGGGGGACUCCAUCACAUUUCUGAUCGUGAGGCACCCGUUAGAACGAUUGGCGUCGGCGUACAACGACAAAAUUGUUCAUGCGUGGCCUAAGUCGUUCCAUGAUAAAAUGGGACGUAGGAUCAUUAAGAAGUAUCGAAAGGCAUCAGAAUCAAAACCAGCCCCGAUUGAGAGGUAUCCGGUCUUCGAAGAGUUUGUCUCAUACGUUUUGGAUGAAACGAAGGCCAAAAGAACAUUGGAUAUGCAUUGGACGCCUUACUCUAGUUUCUGCACUCCAUGCAAGUUCAACUUCGACGUCAUCCUCAAGUUUGAAACUCUAGAUGAGGACCAAAGGUUUUUAAUACAAAUGUCGCGUCUUCAAGAUAUUGUUAGGCCUGAAUGGCGGAACAGCGGCAAGGGCACCAACACGCUGCAUAAUAUCAAUCAUCUUUAUUCGAGACUCAGCAAAUCGCAGUUGGAUGGGCUGUACAAUUUAUACAAGUAUGAUUUCCAGCUCUUCAACUAUACAAUCCAAAAUUAUUAUGACAUCAUUCACAGCGAAGGCACCACCUAUGGAUGAGUGUGAAACCAACCCUUGGUUCAGUAUAUUGGCUAAGACUGAAGCGGAGGAUUGCUUUGAAUCUCGCUAAUCUAAUUCAAAUUAUUUGAAAUAACGGGGAUACUAGCUUAUAUUGCAAACGUCAUAGACAACUUGACGUCUAGAAACAAACGUCAGAAUACUUAAUAGUACUCUGUUUUUAGAAAUAUUAUACUAAAAACCUAUAUUUCACGCCGAGACCUGAGCAUUCAGACAUCAAUUUCACUAUAAUACCUCUCAAUAGCUACAAAUAUUAUUUAUUUCAACUGUUUUGUAAGAAUACUUAGAUAAGUAGCAAAUCCAAAGAUUAUAAAAACGUAAAUAUCGUUUUCCCUUUGAUAGUUUUAUUUAAGUUUUCGAUAAGUGAUACAUAGAUACGUUAAUUACUAAGUCGAAUAUCGCUUUUUAAUUAUAAUCCUUUUUCAUAAUCGAUCUAAAUACGCCCUUUUUUACAAAAGUAGUCCCGUCUCUUUCUGUCAAAUUGUGUUUACACUGUGUUGUAAGGAGGCAGAUACUUCAGUAAAAAUUUCUUUGAUAAGGGUCUAAAUAUUCACGCUUCAUCAAACAAAGCUAAGAAUAUCUUACAACUACUCUAAGAAGUAUAGUACCAAAGCGGUUGCAGCUAAUAGAUGAUGGCAAUGAUACUCAAAUUAUUAAAACAAGUAAAUUAUUACUAAGACUAAUAAAUAUGGUAAACGUAAGCAUCCAUUAUUUUCCUCUUGUUAUGACCGAAGUCGGGUAAAGGAGAGCAAUAUUAUCAUAUCACCUUGCAUUUAAAAUGUUACAUAAAAUAUUUUAAUGAAUGUUACAUUAUAAAACAUUUAAAAGUACAAUAUGUGAAGAUUUUUAAAGACUAUCGUAUUUCAAAACAUCUAUCUUUAAUCUUUAUUAAAGAACUGUCAAAACAUUUAUUGUCUAUGGCAUAUGGCUAUGUAAGAGUUGAAAAAUGUUUUGACCGUGUCGGAGUUAGUGCUUUGUAAAUAAAAUAAUAUAUUAAUAAUUAGUGUCAAUCUCAUAAAUGUUAAUUACGCGAUAGACAAUUACAAAACAGAUAAUCAUACUAUUUAUUAUAUAUGUUAUUUAUCUUAUAUUGUAUGGUCUAUACAUCAGAAAUAGCGCACAAAAUUAAACGAAAUGUAUUUUUUUUAAGUUACAGCUAAAUUACUGUAAGUAAAUUUCGAAAUAGUCAAUUAAUCUCAAUAGAAUUUUUUUAAAUCCCGAAAUAAGGACAGAAAAGUAUCUAAUUUUUGUGUGCUAAUAUUCGUAAUAUGUCAACUUUUCUUGCCUUAGGGCCUGUCCAUUAAUCACGUAAGGUUUUUCAACAUUUUAUAACCCCUUCCCCCAUGGUGAAACGAAGUGGGGUUUAAGACUACCCCAACCCCCGAUAUAUCUCUUUCGAUAUACCGAUUUAUCGUUUUUCCAUCCCACUUUUCGGUUUAUAAUUCAUGCUUUUGACAAAAAAAUAAUUACACGUGGUAUCUAUACCCCUCCUCCUCCUUGUGUGAUUUCGUGAUUUUUGCCGAACCUCUUCCCCCCAAUUCGAACCUGAAGUGAUAAAUGGACAGCCCCUUAAAUGAGCUCGAUAGAUUGUAAAGAUACAUUCAAAUAUUUGCCACAGAAUAUACACGUUUGUAUUUUAUAAUGAAUUUUGUUACUUUUUACACAUUUUAUUGAUUUUGGUAAAUUUUCGUAGGAAAUAAUUCUUACAUAGAACUACUAUGUAUGUAUGUAAUAAUUAAUAUAUUUAAAAUGUAAAUGUCAAGACAAUUUUAGUAUUUCAGGUGUUGUUUAGAGCUUAUUAUAUCCCCACCAAACUAGUCUACUUCGAACUAUUAUUACUCUGUUAUAUCAAAUUUCGAUAUUAAUUGUUAUCUAAAUAAGUUCUUCCUGAAGUGUUUCGAUGUAAAUUGUCAUAGACUUUAGAAAAAAAUAUAUUUAACGAAUGUUUAUAGUAACAAUAAUUUAAUAGAAUUUUCCAUGUAACACUUUAUUAUCACAGAUUGUCUUUCAAAGUGAGCUUGUAUAAAUCAAUACGUUUUAUUUGAUAUAGUACACAACAUAGUCUUGAACAAAGUUGGUACAACGCCAUCUAGUGACAUCAUUUAACGGAAAGGGCUGUCAUAAAUGAUUAAUCUAAAAACCUACAAUUUUGUAAUAUUUUUUUUUUAUAUUACAGCCAAUCUUAAAUUCUUGUGAAUUACAGAAAGACAUUUCUUUCGCAUUUAUGUAUAAUAAUUCAAGUUACCUUGGAUGUCUUAGAACUAGUUGGAAGGAAUAGACCAAAACAUGGCCUAUGAAGAAACUGGAAUGGUGCUAUAGUCCUUUAGAAUUUGAUCUCAUAUCAGAAUGAGACGUGCAUAUUAUGUACUUGUUGCCGCGUUAGCUCCCAUUAGGGAAGGUUGUGUUAUGUUGAUGUUAAAUAAGAUUUUAUUCUUAGUAUAGAGAAAUACAUAUUAAUGAAAA